GUCGGUGGAUAUUGAGCGACGCCCGGCGUCGUGGCGCACUGUGCGGAUCAGUCGCCCUCCAGCCACCGCCCCAGAUACGAGUUCAGCCACUUCCGGCCUUUCUUCUUGCUCGUUGGACGUGUCCUCUCGCCGACUCUUCUGCGCUCCCUUUUUUCAUUCUCGUAGCCGUUUUCGCCAAGCUCUUUAAUUUCGCUAAAUACCGACCACGAUUCGCGGGCAGCAGCGAGUAAACAAACGCUAGAAAUAUGCUGAUCGGUCUUGUGCGCGAUUCAGUGCUGCAGUGCUUCUGUCACAGCUGCAAAGCACCUUUGGGCAUCGUAGCGGGAGGCAGAAGGGGCAAUGCGCCCUUCAAGAAGCCCAGCGGCAAAGGAAAACCGCGAACCAAGCAACCGAAGAAAGUAAAGUUCAUCACAACUGAGAUUCGAUGCCAAGAGAAGUCCAAAGGUGGAUUGUGCUAUGAGGUAAUCUUAGCAGAGCCAACAGUACAGAAGAGAGCACCGUCACCUCCACAGACAAGUCCGACUCAACAAGUCGCUAUUGAAGACAAGCUUCGAGCAGCGGAGGAAAGAAGACUUUCUUUGGAAGCUCAUAAACUUGCUGCUCUUGCUGCUAAGCUUAGCAAAAUUGAAGAGGCAGCUCGCAAAAAAGAUGAACUUAGCGCUGCUUUCAUUGCUGCGACGCGUGAAUCUUUAGAUGCUAAGAUGAAUAAUACAGAAGAGAAGCGAGAGGCGCACAUUGCGGAACUGAAAAACAAGUUGAAAGAGCACUUAGAAAGCGUAGAGAAAACUCGCUUGAGCCUUGAACAGCAGACUCAGGAGGUUCGUUGUGCCGUUGAAGAAAAGCUGAAAACUGCCGCCGCUCAACGGGACGAGAAUAUUAAGAGGAUGCUGGAUCGUCUAAAAGAACAUGAGGAGCAAGUUGCCCGCGUACGCCAAGGACUAACCGAGCGUGUGCAACAACUUGAAUCUCAGAUUCAAGGCAAGUUAGAUCAAGCUCACGAACGCCGUCAGAAUAUUGAACGCGAACAGAAAGAGAAGCUGCGCAUUCAUAACACUGUGAAGAUAGCAAAAGUGCGUCAGAUGGCGGAUGAGUGCGCCACGAGAGAACUUCUGGUGAAAAAGUUCGAAUUUGACAAGAGGGUUUCUACUGCGGAGCAGAACCGACAGCGAGAGAUUCAACGUCGUGUGCAGGCUAUUCGCCAGCAUGAGAGGCGCGCCGAGAUGGUAAGACAGAAUAAGGCAGCUCUGUCCGAGCAAUCUGUCCUGCCCGCUGAAAAGGAAACUGCCAGUUCUGGGUAAACAUAACGUCAUUCUUGAUCGCUAUCCUCGUUAAAAUACCUUUUCAUCGUUAUAAAAUUGGGGAAAGAGGAGAGCGGGAUUUGACUACCGCUUGCAGAGUCACUCGCUGAAUAGAUCGUCGGAGUUACGUGUUUGAAUUUUGAAAUAAACUAAAACUAAGGAGUUGCACUCGCUGUGCUUUACGAGACUCCAUUACGCUUGGUGCCAUUUUCGUUCGCUGGAAGAAAAUUAAGGAACUUAAUGCAAGCGAUUUAAUCGUAGUUGGAGAGAUUUGCAAUUUUAACGGCUUUAUUUUAUUACAGUUAGAUAAAACAUUCAAAAUGAUUCAAAGAAACGUUUAUAUUAUGGAGAAUUAACUGGUUAUUUUUCUCCCACUUACUACUCGUGCAAAGAAUAUCACUGUCUUUAUCUAACUACACUCAUUUCUUUUUUUUAAAUGUACACGAAUACAUAGACGUAAGCCCUAACCUUAACCUAAUCCUAACCUCGGUUGAAAGAUAGGACAUGUAAAAUAUUUUCAGUUAUAAUGUGCCUACCACUUACACGAUUGUGGAUCUUCUAGAAGGUGGCAUUAAAAAUAUCUUAUAUGUUUGUGAUCAAUUGUGUAUGUUGGAGUCUAAUAUUUUACAACUUUUAUAAUGCUUGUUUCAGUACAUUUCCUUCUUUUGAUACCUACAAUGUUGUUAUUUCAUUAAUUACCCCGUUAAAAAACUAUUCUGUUUAUAUUUGAAAUUAAAAAAGGUCAUAGUGAUUAUCGGAGUUAAACGUUAAAAAAUUUUCUCUCCUGAUAAAGACUCUUUUUAUCCUUCAUUUUUUUCUUACGUAGUUUUUGAUUUCUGCUUUUGUUCGUUAAAAAGUUUGCUUUUAUUCGUAGAUUAAUCAUAGAGUACUACCGCUACAAUUAGAUCGUAAGUGGUAAUUGCGACCAUAUGUGUGUACAGUACAGUACAUAUAUGAUAAGUAUAUGUGUAUGGUUCGUGCCGACAUGUAAGCACACUUAUAAUAUAUAUAAUAGUGCUUUAUACUAGGCUUGAAAACUUUAAAACCAUUUUGUACUCGAUCAUUGUAAUAUUACUGCGCUAACAGAACAACAACAUUUACGAAAUAUGUAGUCUAAUUGAAUAUGAUAAUAUGAUGCUUCUGUGAUGACUUAAUUAUUUGUCAAAAUGUGUAGUCUUUAAGUGAGAGUGUGAGAGAGAGAAAGGAGGAGCGAAAGACAUUUGAUUCCUCUAUGCUUGUAUGGAUACCGUGGCUUAGGGGCCUUAAUUUCGUUCGCAUUAUAUAUCAUCGCUGGAAGUAUUUAAAAAUAUAACAAAAUCCGUAUCAGGGCAAAGUUUUCACAGAAAUUUUCCUUCGCGUAAUGAAAUAGUCAGCUGAUGGUUCCUCGGUCUUCUAAGAUACUCGUAUAUAUAUAAUGGGGAUACCACAAAUGGAAGGAAACUUUUAGCUUUGGUCACGGUAUCGUCACAAAAUAAAAGGAGUAAAAAGAAAAUAUGUCGCAGUGAUAUUGCAACCGAUAUCCUACGGUCUUAGAUAUUGAUACUACACAAAAAAUUUUUACAAAGGGCUAUUGCAGAAAUGUUAACGCGAGAAAAAAUAAAUUAAUUAAAAAACAGAGAUUGAAAGGAAAAAAGAAGCAUUAGAACUUUUACGUCGACGAAUAUAUAACUGUAACCUACAUUGCUGAGUGUUGCGGUUAAUUCGGCACGUGUUGCAAUGUCAAGAAAAGGACGAAAAGUUUUGAUUUUUCUUGUAGUUAUGACACGUGUCGAAUAACGUCUAUUUUUGCAUAAUUGUUGUGAUCUUUUGCAAAAUGUAUUUCGUAUAAUUAUUAUAUAGAUGCCCGACGUAUGUAUGUUAUGAUUGUCUUUUUCGAUCUACGUUAUGAUAUAUAAAUAUUAUAGAUUUCUACGCGAUGGUAUAUAUAUAUAUAUGGUAUAUAUAUAUAUUAUACGGUUAUGAUAUGUACGUAUGGUUUCUUGUGAGCUUUGGUAAUUGUCUUAUAGUGGUGCGAAGAAGCAAAUCAAUUCUUGCAAAACCAUUAUUGCAAAAUAAAUUUUUAUUGGAUCAGAAAUAUAUCGCGAGAAACCAAUUUCUUAACGAUAUAUUGAUUGCCUUUGAUAUUCUUUGUUCAAUUUUUAGUUUGGAUAAAUGUGUUCGUGAAAGAGAACCUGAUUGUGUGAAGUAAACGGACAUACCUACACGCA